GGUGAAAGGCGAGGUAUGGAGCGAGGGAAUCUAUCCUACACUCUCAGUAAAGCCAAGCACAAAGGGAUACCUGGAGUCCAACAGAGACAGACUUCUCUGCAUGUGUCUUUCUGCAGAGCUGACCGAGGCAUUCAGGGACUGGGACAUUGGCUGCAGUGACAGAGGACGCCGUAACUCACCUGAGCAGCACACACAGAAACACGCUCCAUUCAUUACUCUUUUUUUGUAAGUUUCUCACCUGCUCUUACACUUUUUUUAAGAGUUGUGUGAACUCAAGGGAAGGGGUCUUUCUGCUGUUUUUGACGAUGUCGUGGGACUGUGGCCUGAGGCACAUGUUCUCCGUGCCCCCUGUGCUGCAGCAAGGGAGCAUGUGCAUCCUGCAUGACAAGGAGGACCUCUCCAGACUGGAGAUGGUCCAAAGACUGGCCAAGGAUGGCUGCCGCUUUUUGCAGAACCAGAGCAAGGGCCCGGAGAGGACAAGUGAGCCACAGAGUGACGAGGCAGUCCGUGUGUGUGUGAAGGAGAGGGGCCAGGACGUGCUGGUUCUCCAGAGAGUGUCGUCACAGCAGCCAGCCCCCUCUGCAUCAGGGAGGGGAGGGAGGAGAGAGGAGACUAGGAACAGGAGGUACGUGGUGGUAUCAGGGACCCCGGAGAAGAUCCUCGAGCACCUGCUGAAUGACAUGACUCUGGACGAGGAGCAGGGUACAACACAGGGCAAAGAGUCAGAUACACUCCUGGAUGACUUUCUGCUCACCUACCCAGUCUUUAUGUCAACCAGUGAUUUCUGUCAAGCUCUGCUCGGACACUAUUGCUCCAAGCGUUACAGAGGGAAAGAGGACAAAAAGGAGGCUCUGGAGAGGAAGCGAAAAGUCCUGCACCUGGUGUCACAGUGGGUGUCUCUCUGCAGAGAUUUCCUGAGGGAGGACGAGCAUGUCAAACUCUUCAUGAAGACUUUGUGUCAUUACGUGUUGGACGAUCUGUACGAGCAUCCAGCGCUGGAGAGGGAUGUGAGGGAGCUGCAGCAACUGUACCGACUGCAACGCAGACACACGUCAGAUGAAUAUUCCCCUCAACGAAAGAGCAAAGUGCUUUUCCACCAAUUGAGCCUGAAGGAGAACGGGCUUCAGUCCAGAGGAACACAGAGGGAGGGCAAGGAAGUGCUCUGUCAUGUGUACAUCACCAUGGACUCGUACUUAAGUAUGAAGGCCCAUGAAGGUGUAGUCACCCAGGAGCUGCUGCAGGCAGCGGCAGACAGGAUGGACGUCCCUCAGGGUGAACUGGUGCUGGUGGCUGGAGGUCGGCUCCUCCUGCAGCCACACGACAGAGUCUUCUCUGAUUCUUCACGGCCGGUGGGGAGGCUGCAUGUGUGCAGGAAGGACCUGGGUGAAAUCCUGAACCCAUUCACAGACAACUCAGAGCUGCAACAGAGGACAGCCCGCUUGCUCAGUUUGAACACAUGGGACGUGGCUGUUGCUCUCACCAACUUCGACUGGACCAUCUUUGACUCAGUGCACGAGCAAGAGCUGGUCUAUUUUACCUUCAGCCGCCACAGUAGCAGUGGCCACACGGUGGCAUUGGAGCUUCUGCUACAGCGCUGUGAUGAGGUCCAGCUGUGGGUGAUGACUGAGGUGCUGCUCUGUCCCAUGCUCUGCAAAAGAGUCCAACUCAUCAAGAAGUUCAUCAAGAUCGCCGCGCACUGUAAAGCUCAGAGGAACCUCAACUGCUUCUUUGCCAUUAUAAUGGGCCUUAACGCGGCAGCAGUCAGUCGCCUCAGUCAGACAUGGGAGAAAAUUCCUGGGAAAUUCAAAAAGCUCUUUUCAGAGCUGGAGACAAUAACAGAUCCGUCGCUGAAUCACAAAGCCUACAGGGAUUCCUUCAAGAAGAUGAAGGCGCCAAAGAUCCCCUUUAUUCCUCUGCUUCUGAAAGAUAUCACAUUCAUUCAUGAAGGCAACAAGACGUUUCAUGACAACUUGGUCAAUUUUGAAAAGCUGCACAUGAUAGCAGAGACUGUGCGCAUCAUCCGGCAGUGUCAGAAAGAUCACAUGGGAAACGGCAUCAUGCAGAAGAGCAGCCCAGAAGUGCGAGCCUACAUUGAUUACCUUCAUAUCAUCGACAAUCAGCAGACUCUGUUUGAACUCUCACACAGGCUAGAGCCUCGUGCUUAGAGAGCAGCUCUUACUGCACUACACACGCAGUCCUAUCGCCAAGGAACAAUCUAUCUGUCUCAUCUAUCUCUCAGGUCAGCAAUCAGAGGACGCUGCAUGAUCCCGGCCAACCACAGGAGGGAGCUGCUCUAUCAGGAAACACCAUUAGGGAUGGGAAAAAUAGCAAAUAAAUCAUUCAAGGUUAAAAGUAAAUUAGCCUGAAUAGAUUCAAAACAAGAUCACAGUUACAUCAUCAAACUGUUCAGCAGCACAACACAAGUGUAACUCCAACUGCACAGGUUGGCAGCUUUAGAGCUUUUCUGACAAAGACCCAACAGCUCUCUCUUGUGGAGAAUCAGUAGUCAGUGCAGAGGAGCAUGUUUUCACAUAACAUGCGUCUAAUCAAGAGCUACAGAAAAGGAGCCAGCUGCCAAGCAUGGAGGAUAUGACCAUGAAAUCAGAACAUGUACGUUUUGUAUUUUAACACUCUGUUAGUAGAUCUGGCAGGAGAGAUUUGUUCCAUCUCAUUUAACCAAAGAGUAUUUUAGUCUAGUACAUCACACAUCUGUUUCCUCAGCGCUGAACACAAUCCAGAUGUUCUCUCCUCCAGGUAACAGAGAUAGUUAUAAAUCAGCUCUCAGUGAUUGCACAACAAGCUGCCGUCGAGCUGACCUAAUAUAGACAACAGAACAAGUAAUGAUUGUUAAAUCUUCAACAUUUUAUUUUCAAGUCUCUUUCAAUGCAUUUUAUCUUUAAUUAAGCAUAACAUAGAGUAUUCAGUGAGGCUUUACGCAAAGGUGUUAGAGGAGGACAUUAUAGGUGUGAAAGGUUGUGUGUCCUGUGUGUAAGUAUACUCAAAUGUAUGCGAGUGCCAAAACCCCAUAGGAAUGUCAAUUAUAACAAAUGCUAAUUGCUAAUUUUUUUAAAGCUUGGGUAUAAGUUUCGCUGUGGACAAUCAGUUCAAAUAAGCAGCAGACCAAUUCUGAUUAGUCUCUGUCUUAUUAUUAUUUCUACUUUACGCUACAGCUAGUCUCUGUUAUCCUCAAUAAAAAGAAAGAUAGUACAGCACAUUGUAAAAAAAAGUGUGUAGUCAGAGAAGAUGCAAUAUUUAUUAUUUAAAUUGGAUAACAGGAAGCUGUCAAAGGCUUGAGUAACAUCAUUUAAAGUAGGCAUUGUGAAAGCGAUGUAGAUGUUUUUAUGUUUUUUAAAUCAUUCUUGAAUUUUGAUUUGUAUAUUUUAUUAGUCAACUUGACAUAAAGCAAACAGUAUUUCUCUUAUUUUGAAUUUCCUUUGUAUCAUCAACAUUGUAUAGUUGUUCAUACUGUAAAUAUGUUAAAAUUCUGUGGAUUUUUAUUUAAUACAGAAUUAUUUAUUUGCUGAUUAGAUCACAUGUUUUGAUUUUAUGUUUUUUUGUUUUUGUUGUACACACUGAUUUUGCUGGUCUGCGUGACAUGGAAAACCAUGGAUUGACCACCAGUGUCGACUGUGCAUAAAAAUAUUUUUCAUCAUGA